AUGUUGCGAAUCACUCUAGCCAGCACUAUCGCGCUCGCUGCCUUGGCAAUCGGUAGACAUGUUGAUAGGUCUGUUGUUACCAAAGUCUUGGGUGUCGAUUCCUCACAGGCUUCUCCUCGAUUCAGUCCUCCUGACUUCGAUGCUCUCGAGUUUAGUCCUGCCCUUGACGCCCGAGCCCCUGAUGACUUCAAUAAAGGCGUGUAUGCCACUAAAGCUCUAUGGAACAAAUACUUGGAUAAGGGAAACCGCUUGAUGUGUUUCAUGGAGGCCACCGAUAGAGGCGCUGGGUGGCUCUCUCAAGAUAAUAGACAGCCGCCUUCUGCAGCGAGCAGAUGGACCGGCGAUCUCAGAACUGAGCUCGGAACAUGGGGCUGGCGCGAAGGAGAGGUGGACAAGAGCUGGGAGUGCGAGUUCACAACGCUCGGGCUUAAAGAGACGUUCCAAGGCCUCAAUCUGGAUCCACGAUCCAUGUAUGAAGAAUCUGGCCAACCUCAAGAGGGAGCCAAUGACUGCUACUAUCUUCAACACUACGACGAAAGGUCUAAAGACUCGGAAGAUGAAGAUGGCGAAGCGGAGGAGAUUGUAAACCAGAAGUAUCACGUUGGUGGCAAGGAAUAUACUGCAACAGGCGCGUACUAUAAAUUCGCUGUCAAUCACGGUGGAGGUAUGAUUGCUCAGAACAUCGAGAGUCCAAGCCAUGCCGUUAUUAUGCCGGGGUCAUGGGGUCGACCAGCAAACCCUGGAGAGCUUCCUAAACUCAAGACCGCGUCUGACGUCUUCUGGGGAUAUUGGGUUCGUGAUAACCCUGAUGUCAAGAACUUCCGCGUCUAUGGCGCUCAACAAGUCAUCAACACGGAUACUAAUCUUCUGAUCGCUCGGGCUUUAAAGAAUGUGGGUAAAGCACAGUUAUCGGUAUGGCCGGGUGACGUUUUCUCUCUUGGAACUGAUGAAUUUCGAGCCUUAAUUGGCUCCCCUAUCGGCGCGACUGCUGCGCACUUGCUCGUAGCACACAAAGCCGAACUCGGGAUCAAACGCAUCGCCAAUGUGGUAGUUGUGACCGAUACGAUAAAACCGUACAAGAGUAAACGUCCUAACGAUUCUUUGCAUAUGUUCUUCACUAUGGAAGACGUACCGCCGGACGACGUGACCAAGCCAGGUGGAGAUGCCGCUGCCGUCAAGAGAGAGACCGCACGAAUCGGUUCCAUGGUCAUCAGUGUCAGGGAUAACGGGAAAAAUAUGGUUCGCAUGCAUACCAUGUUGGCCUAG